AGGCAUCUGUGAUGGAAUCCGUUUUCGAUAGAUUUUUAACAAAUUUUGAAUUUUCUUCAGGUGUCAAUACAGCUGCCGAUGUGGCAAAUUUGGUAGCUAAGGCCUUUUCCACUACAAACAACAGAGGAAAACCUGAUUUAUUUUCCCUCAUACAAAAGGGUUUGCAAGCAAUACCCUCCUCGGCGCCGUCCACUUCGUCCGAGGAGCAAAACAAACAAACGGAAAAACGACAAACGGCAGAGAAUCUACGUGACUAUAAUCAUGACAAAGACCGAUCUGAGGAGGUUUCAUCAUCUACGACCAAGGAAAAAAAUGGUGUGAAUUUAAGCACGACGCAGUUUGUUACCAACAUGUUGCGCAUGGUUGGAUUUGAUGCCACCAAGCUGGGAGCUUUAGCCAUUAACGUAUUAAUAAUGGUGGCAUCCACGAUAGGAACCACGCUCCUGGGCAACACAAGACCACAACGUACUAAGGACUACUAUUCCUCUCCAACGGAAUACAAUAAUGCCGAGACUGGUCCCGAAGAGCAGUACUCGCCCAACGACCAUCAACCUCGAGAACUUAAAGAAGGCACACCACUUGAUUGGUUCCUCCAGAAUCCAUCGAAUAAAAUGAAAACCCUGCUAGAUCAGGCCAUUGAUUCCAACUUAUCCGAUAGAAUUAUCGAUAUGAUAGAAAGUUAUGAAACAGAAGAGGGUCGGACUUCCUGUGUAAAAAUGCUCAUGUGCAAGAGUUCACCUUUUAUAUGGGGCAUGCAAAAAUCUCUGAAGCAACGUAUUCGUGGAGACGCUAGUGAUGGUAAAGAAUCUAUGGAAAAUAAAAAACCAUUUAAUGUUGAAAGUUUCUACGCACAUAUGCCCAGUGUAGAGGAGUUUCGAGAGCAUUCUGCCAAGUGUGAUCAAUUAUAUUCAGAAUAUUGUAAUACCACAAACUUGCAAAGGCCACAACGUCGCUAGGUUUUUGCA